AGGUGAAGCAUGCGCAAGGAGCUUCUGGUGUCGUUCUCCUUCGCCAUUGCGCUUGUGCUGCUGCUGCUUUGGCAGACCCAGACUCCCCGCUCCUCGCUCUACUACAACGAUCGGGGUCUGUCGUACAAGGAGAAGGAGGCGAUCAGAAAGUCCAAGGAGCUUGCAAGAGCAGCGGCUGGCAAGACUGAGCCUUCGCUCGUGGACACGUUCAUGAAGGCUUGGAGGAGGGGGAUGGUGGACAUGCAGAUGGUGUAUGACUACAAGAUCAGACCAUGGGAAGCAGCCCAUGGGUUGAAGGACAAGCAUGCCCAGCAGCUCAGGGUCGUCAUGACUGAGUGCGUUGACUGCGUGUCUCGCUGCCCCGCCUACAAGCAACAUCCUUUCAAGGCAGACAACUUCGAGCAGUUCCAGGAGAAGGCGAUGAAAAGAUGUGGAAACUGCUUCGAGGGCGUGAAAGGCCCUUGCCCGGCCAACCGAGACAACCAUGGCGUCUUGUGAUGGGAUAGGACCUGGCGAGCGGUCGAGCGCAGAGAAAGGAGAGGCAGGAGACCAAGGAAUGAGGAGGAGAAAGCUUAUUCAUUUUCAAUUUACAGCAUGGAAGAUCAUGUACAACAGUAAAGAUAGUAACCAA